CAUCAUGCAAAGACACUUGUAUUUGCGAUCAUCCUUGAGAAGGAAGGGUAGGAGUAACAGGAGAGUCACAGCAACAGUGACCGGUGCCACGGAGAGAGAGUGAGAGAGAGAGACGGAGAGAUGGUGACUGGCGCACUUUUCCUUCUCCAGCUGCUUGUCGUUGCGACAAGUAACAGCAAAUUCAAGGUGAAUCAGCCAGAGUCUGUGUCAAGGAUGCUGGGAGACUCUGUCACCAUCCCCUGCCAGUUCUCCUACCCAACCGAGUACCGUGCUACCAAGAUUCGCAUUUAUUGGAGAAAAUAUCAGUUUCACGGACCGUUCAUAUUCAACGUGUCAGAGGGAUAUAUUCACCCCAAUUACAGCGGACGGAUUAACUUCCUGGGGAAGCCAGAGGGAGAGAAGACCGGCACCAUCCGGAUCAACAGCCUGAAACAAAACGAUUCAAGUUAUUAUUUCUGUCGGGUCAACCGGGGAAGUAAGCCACAGAUGUGGCAAAGUAUCCCUGGGACACAGCUCAGGGUAGAAUCGCACAGUACAACAGGCAAAACAACUGAACAACCCAAAUGCACACAUACUCACACAAGCCCACAAGCCAGCAGGAUUCCGGGGAGCGAGACGAACAAGGAUCCGGGGAACGAAACAUGGAUUGCUGUGGGCUGUGCGGUUGCGGUGCUACUUGUGAUUGCUAUCAUUGUCGUCGUUGUCUGGAAAAGGCGUAAGAAUGCAAAUCUUCAUAAUAAAUCGGAGCCCAACAACAAGCCUGCGGACAACGUGCAAACACCUCACUACACAACAAUCACCGGAUCCACAGGCCAUGAUGAGGAAGAAAACACUGAGGGUAUUGUCUACGCAAAACUACAGAUUGGACAGAGCAAUGUCACUAAAGUCCCGCUGGCAGAUCAAAAUACAUUAUACGCAGCUGUCGACUUCCGCAAUAAAAGUAGUUAAAUUUACUUUUCCCAACACAUGCCAUAAUGUUACUGGAAAUAAAAAUACCAUCAAGUGUCGGAAACUGUUUUGCAAUAUACCCGCACUGUGACCUGUUUUCUGUAUGGGUCAAUCUUCCUUCUGCUUCUCUCAGAUUGUUUUUUUUCCACUGAAAAGAAAUAACUCCAUUUACUAAGCUUGUUAGAGUUAAGAGUGCUUCGCAGUAACUAAUGCCACGUGUCGUACGUAGGGAACCAACAGGGAGACUCCGCAACAAACAGACAUCGGAUGAGGCACAACAGUGAGACAAAGUGAUUCAGACCCAAUGAGACAAGUGACACAGAGACACGUAGUGAGUCACAGACACACAGUGACACACACACACACAGUGACACACAGGUUGUAGACAGAUUUAUUAGAAAACACCCAAGUUGGCUAUUAUCCUCCUCGUUAUGACUAUGCUCAGCAAGUCCACUUUGUGUGUCUGUUUAUAUACUUUUUAAAGAGUUCAGACUUGAAAUAGUUAUUAUUUUAACAUUUCGCUCU